AUGACCGUGAUAGAUGGUUUGACAACUGGUGGUAUCCAACUUCAUGGCGCAAGUACUGGUACCGUGGAGGAGAUAACUUCCGCCAAUGGUGGUACAGAUAUUACUAUAACCAAUGGCGCGAACGCGAAUGGCAGAGACCUGAGGAUCGCGAUAGAUGGUAUGACAGGGAAAGAUGGUGGUGGCGCCCUGAAGAAUACGACAGACGUGGAUGGUACGACCGAUAUGACCGAUGGUACAGAAGAUGGUCACCCGAAGACGCCUAUGAUUGGUGGUACAACAAGUGGAGAAGUGAAUGGUAUCGCCGUUCAGAGUCACGUCCGUGGUGGUACAGAUGGAACGGGUGCUAUGAAUGCUAAUGAUUUUACAAGUGAAGAAAUGACUGGAAGAAGUGGUGAGCUUAAGUUUAUUCUAUCUACUAAAAAAGCUCUAGAUGUGGCUCGUCGACUGUUUGUUGCGGAUAGCGAACUGGGAACAUUUUAUCCAAUAUGGGAUUUUAGUAUUUAUUAUGCAUGA